CACUGCAUGACUCUUUGUGAUCCCUGGUAGUAGUUAGCUGAUAGUAUUGGUGUUAUUUUUCAAUGUUCACAGUCUGUUUCAGAGUAGUCAAGCACUUGAUCUUAAUCAUGGCCUGGUGGAAUGCAGGGGUUCCAGAGACGAGGGGGAGUCUAUUGCGCUGACGUUAUUUGCCAAUGUGCUUUCUCCUUUGUAUCUCCCCUAAAGACCUCCGUCCGAAGACAGAGCCCCAGGGUAGCGUUGUUUCGAACCCGCAAUCCAUGUCCUCUACAGAACGGCCUUCAGACUGCAGGAGCUGGCUCAAUGGGCUCCAAUGAACACGGAUUCAAUCUAGCUGAGAUCCUGUCGCACAGCUAUGGCUCCCGGGAGCACCAGGAGGAGUGCGAAGCUCAGAAGUCCCUAGACGAGCUGGAGAAGAGCCUCCACAGCUCUCAGGGGCGCGAGAUGCCUCUGGAGGAGCUGCUGGCGCUGUACGGGUACGAAGCCUCCAACCCCAUCUCCGAACACGACAGCGAGGGUCACGACCUCUCGCACAGCCUGCCUGACAUGACGCUGGACAAGGAGCAGAUUGCUAAGGACCUGCUGUCUGGAGAGGAGGAGGAGGAAGCCCAGUCCUCCGCAGACGACCUCACUCCAUCCGUCACAUCCCACGAUGCAUCUGACCUCUUCCCACAUCCGCUACACGUAAACUCCAUCGUGGACGAGGAUAAAGGUUCGUCCUCCAGCUCCUCAGAGGAAGAGUCUGAGGACGAUUCCGUUCCCUCAAACGAAUGCAGGAAGGACAUUAUGGUGGGAUCUCUGUACCAGGCAGUGAUACCUCCACUGAUCCUGUACACGCACCAAGAAAGAGCGUAUGAUAGCGAGGACCAGCUGCUGUGGGACCCCCACGUGCUGCCGGAAGGGGAGGUGGAGCAAUUCCUGUGCAGGGCGGAGAGGAGGUCCUGUGAGGAGGCCAGUUUGGAGAGCCUGCAGGAGGGAAUGCUGAUCAGGGAUAACGAACAGGCCCUGUACGAGCUGGUAAAAUGUCAUUUUAACGCAGAAGAAGCGCUGAGAAGACUGCAGUUCAACGUAAAAGUAAUAAGAGAUGAGUUGUGUGCGUGGAGUGAGGACGAGUGUCGGAACUUCGAGCAUGGCUACCGGGUUCACGGCAAGAACUUCCACCUCAUACAGGCCAACAAAGUGCGGACUCGCUCAGUGGGAGAGUGCGUGGAAUAUUACUACAUGUGGAAGAAGUCAGAUCGGUAUGAGUAUUUCACGCAACAGACAAAAUUCGGGAGGAAAAAAUUCAGCCUACACCCAGGGACAAUAGACGAUGGUGAUCAGGACAUGGACGCUGGCGAGGGGGACAGUGCAAGCCACUCCCGGAGCUCCCCCCCAACCCCAGUGCCCUCCACCACCAGCCAGCUGGACUCCCAGUUCCUCCAGGACCCUCUCCACCUGGGGGCCACAGACGCAGAGAGACGAGAGAGCAGAGAGUUCAUCAUGGAGGGGAACACGAGUGAGACCAACAACAACAACGAGGAGGAGGAGGAGGAGGAGGAGGAGGAGGAGGAGGAGGAGGAGGAGGAGGAGAGGGAGCCCCUGUACCGACUUAGCCAACCUCCCUCCGCGGCCUCAAGCACAGACUGUCUGUACAGCAGCCCAACCAUGGAGCCCUGUGCUGGGCAGCCCUCCAGUAGCCCUGCCUCCACCAGCCAGGAACUGAACCUGCCAGACAGCGUGUUCUACCAGCUGCAACUGGAUCCCUUCGCCACGCACACACCCGGGCCGCCCACAGACCACGCCGCCACCAAGAGUUUAAAGGUCGGGUUUAGCUUCCCUGAAAGUUUUCCCGCUGAGCCGUCCCGGCCCGUCUCCCCGGCAGCGAGGACGGGGCAGGUGUCCGUUUCCUUGACUACCGACUUUGGACAAAUCAGUGUUAGCAGUGUAAGUAGUUUUCUCAGUGGCCAGGUGCCCAUGUGCCCCCCAAGCGCAGCGCAGCAGUCUGAACCUUUAUCUCAGUGAAAGCAAAACUUACAUAUAAUAAAAAGCUGAGCAAACGGUAUUGCAGGGCUGGAAAUAAGACUCCCAUUGCACAGCAGUUUGAUCCAUUCCUGGUUUUAGUGUGAGUUUAAUAAGUCACACCUGAGCUUGUUACUUGUAAACUGUGGCUAGUUAAGCUCCUAAUAAAUCCUGGAUGGGGUGAAACUGCUAUGCAGUAGGAGUCUUAUUUCCAAUCCUGUAUUGCCUGUGUUAGUCUUUAAGCCCCAGAUGAAAUCACAAGCAAUAGGUUUUUCUCAACUCGCUGCACGCCUGUCAAACAAAUGCCGCGUUUAACCACUUUCUAAAUCGGAUAACUUUUACAGCAGUUGAAACACAAGAGUUUGAGCAACCUGCUACUAUUGCCUACAGUAACACAACACUAACAUCUUCAAAUGACGGUAACAGACAGUAGGUAUAAGAAACCCAAGUGAGACAGACGUUUCGGCUGACGCUUUCUUCAGUGUGAUUCUGAAGGCGGCGCUCGCUGGACCGUUUCUCUUUCGUACAGCUUCAACUCGGAAUUCUGAUUGAGCAUUUUGUGUGUGUUGGCGACGACAGAAAGCAAAUAAAACGUAGGUGGCUGGCACACCAGCUUGCCUGGUCAAGGACCUUGAUGUACUGAAAACAGUAGACCUCUGGCAAUGUUUUGAGAUGAGCGCUCCAAAAUCCGGAUGUGUGUUGUGAAAGGAACGACGGUCAAGUGCACGCCGUUCUCGCACCCUGGGUUUAGUUGUUUUGGAUCAGCAGCUCCCCCCUCCCUCACAAAGCAGCAAGGUACAGUGCUCCCCUUUUAAAAGGCGAUCCUUUAUACUGCAGAACAGGUUAUAAUGCAGUACGGUCAUGGCUCGCGUUCGCCCCAUAAUGCCAUUACACUACACUAACACUAGCAGUCUCGUUAUAAGGUGGAACACAAACAUCACGGCCUGUUAACUCCGGCUCCUGACUACAGCAUUAUAAAGGGGGGUACAGAACGACUCUCCUUGGUUUUAGUUUAGGGUGUAGCUCCCAAAAACUUUUCUUUCUACUGCAAGUUUGGGGGAUGCACAGGACCACUGUGCUGUACUCUGUGUGUGGUUUUUAUUUUUAUUAUUUUUUAUAUGCAUUCAGCCCGGGGCGUGAGAAUUCUACGUGACUGUAGCAGGUUUAUCAGACUUUUUGCGUGAGCCUGUGUUAUUAUCUGUAUGUUUUUAAGUUACAGAAACACUUUUUUAUAUAUACAUAUAUAGUAUAUAUUUGUACUUUUUAUAUAUUUUUUUUGUAAAAAAAAAAACAGAAAAAAAGAAAGAAAAACAAGAGUCAUCCACACAUUCAGCCCCCCCCCCCUCCCCAAACCUAUUUGCUCACUUCCACCGCUCCAGACUACAUCGCUGUGGACCAAAGCACUUUGAGAUACAGAACUAAAUCCUAGAAAGAUAAUUUAGUUUUACAAGAAGACGCUUCCAAACUGGGAUAUAGAGGGCGCCACCAGUGUGGUGUUUUGUGCUAGCCUCAUGCUGGAAAGCUUGGGCCUGUGCGCUACACGCCACAAGGAGGCAGUCUUACUACGCCACACAUUGGGAAUGGAAAGCACAGGACAGGCUAGGAUUAUACAACACUGCAGAGAUUUAAACAUUUUUUUCAGGGACAAACCCUUGGGGUGGGGGGUGGGGGUGGGAGGGACGCAUGAUCAUUUUGUUCUCUUAACACUGAUGUUACGAUACAGGUUCGUCUGACAGCAUGGUAGCAGAGGUUAAGUUCAGGUACUGGUAGAUUGUGACGGAUUUAGUUUCUCUCCCACUACACCACUAUUGCAGCAGAGCUUUGAGAGACCACAGCAGUAUAAGGACCAGUGGCCAGUUGCAGUAGACACCUGCAGUUCAGAUUAGUGGCUGUGGCAGAUGGAUGCACAGUAUUCUAUAUUGUUAAGGAUGUAUUUCUUUAUAAGGUGCCAGUGCCUUGCUGAUGCAAGCCCUGCUUUUGGGACAAGCUUACCUGCCUUGUGCCGAGCCCCUGAUUAACGAGAACAAUUCGGGCAUUUUUACACGGUCCGCUCAUUCGUUUUAUUGUUGUGUCGAAACGUAUGUAGUGAAUUACAAAUUGUGACCGUGUCAGUGUUGAGAAGCUGACCUAUGCGGCGAUUCCCAGUCCUGAGACUGUGUGCCUACCAGCUCAGCUGCAGCACUCAAGUCUAACCCCCUGGCCCUUGUAGAGUGUCUGUAUAACCUUUAUUGACGUGACUUUGCAUUUGGUGUUUGACCGUGCAGCCGUGUGUGUGUGUGUGUGUGAACCACACUGCACACAGCUGGGAUACUGUACUUUGGAUCCCUUGCUCCACUUUGCUGACGUGGCCUCAGUCUUUAUUUCCACUGCUGGGUAGAACUGUGCUCAGAUGUGUAGUCAGGUGCUUCCAAUUCCAAGCUAGGAUGCUUUCAAGCACUAACUCCCUGCAGGAACGCUACGUUAUCCCCAGAGGUGAGGGAGCCGGAGCGCGCCGAGCACAGUUUCCAGCACAGUGGAAACGCAGUUCUGUGGGAAUUUCAAAGCCACUACGAAACCUGGAGUGUUUCUCAGCUUCUUUAAAAAAAAAAAA